AUGUACUUUGCGGCCUUCAAGAGGGAGCAUGUGCUCUUGAGUCACCCUUGGACUGACGAUCUGACCUUGGCCAUCAAAGACGCUAUCAGGUCCUGUGUCAGGGGCAUAGGCGCUGACAAACAGUGCCCCGCCCUGGAUCUGAGGCAGUUGGAAGGGCUGAAGGAGGUUGAACCUGUCGAUGGAGGCCCAAGGAAGACGAUCGACACCGUGAUCCUGUUCUCGCUCUUCGCGUGCAGGGAGAUGGAAGCAGCCCUGAGGAAGAUGAAGCAUGUCCAGAUAGAGACAGGAGGCACGGGUUGUGGGGUGGUGUCCCUAUACCUACCGGCUUCCAAGACGGAUUCAAAGGGCGAGGGCGCACUUCGGAGGCAGGGCUGUUUGUGCGAGACCCUACCGAGUCUGUGCCCGGUGGCAGCAGCGAGGAGGCUGCAGCAGGCCGCCCUAGAGAACGGUCAUCAUGAUGAAGAUCCAUUCCUCGUCACGGACAAGUCCAAGACACCACCAACCAAGCAGGGCAUGAUCAAAGCCUUUCGUCGAGUGGCGAUUGCAAAAGGGCUAUCCGAGGAGGAAGCCCAGAACAUCACGGGCCACAUGCUGCGGCCUAUGGGGGCCCAAUUCAUGGCGAGAAAAGGCAUUGAGUUCUACAAGAUCCAGCUGUUCUGCCCUCGAGAUGCAGAUCACCCGAAGUCGAGAAAGAUGGUACGUGCCAUCGAGAAUGCCCUGGAAACGCAAAGCACACAGAUUUUGCAGAACGCCAAGCAAUCGCAGUCAGAGAUCGAAGAGAUCUUGAGUGAACUCCGGACCAAGUCGGUCUUGAUGCAUGAGAAAUGGACAGAAGAGCUGUCCAGGAAGUUCCUGCCGAAAUUUGUGAUGAACACAGGCAGCAGUGUCUUUCAUGCAGUGAAGGACGCCUUCACCACGGGCUGUGGAUUUGAGUAUAGGAACUCCAAGGAAUUUAAGUUCACCCAUGAACCACCGAAUCCUGAAACCGUCAGCUACCGCAUGUGCGAGAAAGCAGGCUGCGUGAAGCUUUUUGAGACGGUAGCAAAGACGCUUUGA